AUGCCAAUAAAAAAAGGGAGAGGAGGUGCCUCCACGAAACCGAAGAAGAAAAACAAGUUAAAGAACAUUAUCGACGAUGACUACAGCUCGGAACUGAGCCUAACGGCAGUCGGGGAACCCGACUACAAUGAAGUGUUUGAAGUCGAAAAAAUCGUCAUGGCCAGGUACAAAUUAAACGUAAAGAGAAAAAAAAAUAGAAAGGAAGAAAGUCUUGACAAUUUUGAAUUUUUCAUAAAAUGGAAAAAUUACGAUAGUGAUGAUAAUACGUGGGAGCCUUUCGAAAAUUUAAGCUCAACAUUGAAAGGUCAGGCGAGGAAGGCAGCACUGAAGUUGACGGAAGAGUUGGAAAUUCCAAAUGGGAAUGGAGGCACUCCACUUUCCAACAUGGAUAAUUCUGCUGGCGUCUCCACAGGGAUGGUAGGAAGCCCACACAUCCAUUCCAAUGCAUUAAACGGAAUGAAUAGUAAUGUUUCAAUGAGCGUCAUGAGCGGGAUCGGUGUGAACAAUUUAAGAAAAAAGAAAAAGGGAAUGAUGGAAAAGAAUCGAACAGGACUGAAUGAUGAAGAAGAGGAACAAGAGGGACGUCUACGGGGACCAAAACUUUUAUCAAACGAAAUCAGUUCUGCAAAUUUUCAUUCCAAUAAUUUCUUCCCAAGAAAUAUGAUGAACGGUCAUGAAGAAGACGACGAUUUCAUAAAAAAUGACAGCCUCUUUAAAAAUAUGAGCGGGAACAUAAAUCUAAGCAACCCCCUAAAUGAGCAUUACGAGAAAAACGACGCAACAUUUAGUCAUCGAAAAAAAUUGGGAAACAUAAAAAGCAUCCUCUGUAUAGGCAACCGAAUUAACAGUAUGGGAAUUUCAAAUAAAAAUGAAAAAAUAGCUAGCCAUACGAAAAAUAAAAUAAUGGAACGCCUUGACAAUAAUUAUUACGUGAGACAAAAAAAUAAAUUUAAUGCUAUUUUGCAGAAUAAUAAAAACCUGUUGGACCAUUUUAUCAACAGCAGAAGUCGGGAGAUGAGUAAUGAAACGGGAAAAAGUGCCAGGAGUAACGACUUAAACAUUUUUGACCAUUUGGAAAGUACGUAUGACCAGUACAAGGGAAGCAUGCACAACUAUCCGUCUCUCUCCCACGGCCAUAGUCUCAGUCGCAAUGGAAAUAGGAGCCACGGUCAUCUCCAUGGGCAGCUGUUCAGCCAAAUGAACAGUCAAAUGGCUAGUCAAAUGUCCAACCAAAUGACCAGCCAAAUGCACAACCACAACCUGCCCCCUACACGCGCAUACGACGAUCCAAAUAACCUCCCAACGGAGAGUUAUAAGAAGCAGAAUGGAAUAAGCGUUUCGAAAAAUGUGGCCAAUGAUGAUACGUAUCUGUUCUGGAAAGUCAGGGACAAGAGAAAGUAUGAGGCCCUCAACCAGGGUUACAGCAACAACUUCGCAGGUGCAAACGGCAGAAUGGGCAACGGGGAUGUUCCCCUUGGGUUCGAAAGCAAUGGAUUGAAGAAAUUGAAUCGGAGCAGUAACAAUGGAAGCAGUACGCACGGCAGUAGUAACCAUGCAGGAAGCAAUAACGGCAGUAUAAACCAUAGCAGUAGCAACCAUAGUAAUAUGAACCACAUAGCAACCAACCACGAUGCAAGUAACAAUGACGCCACGAACAACAUCACCAAUGGCAGCAACAACAGCAAUAUUAAUGGAGGCGUGAACGGCAACCUGGUUGACCACACAGAUACCGUGGACCAAACGUAUGAGGAUGAAUUUUUACCAAAAAUAAGAUGCAAUUCGACGAGCUCAUCUGAACGAAUCUACAUGACGGAAGAAGUAUUUGGUGAGUUUGGGGAGAAGGCCACUUUUGAAAUACGCAAAGAAAAGGUGGACGUAGACGAACAAGAACCAUUCAUCAGUAACAAGACGAAAAAUGGUUAUCCCAAAAUUGUUGUAUCAUCCGAUGGAAGGAAUGUUGGAAAGGACACAUUCUACAUGGACGAUAUUUAUGGGAUCAAAAACAACCAGCAGUACAUCAUAGUGAAGAAAGAACUGAUGGAUGACGAAAGCAUGAGCACGAAGGAGAAGGAAAAAUUUGUCUCGUCCCAUUUGAGUAGUGCCAAAGGGUUAGAGAGCGAAAAGGCUAACAACAGCAGUCGUAGCAGCAGCAACUGCCUGAACAAUAAUAGCGCCAUCGGUGCAGGUGCACCCCACUACACCAGUACCACCACCAACAGCAACACGAAUUAUAUAAAAAAGAAGAAGAUGAAGAAGAAGAUAAAAAUCGACCACCGGGAGAAGUACCUCAACCACGUCACUAGCAGUAGCGUGAGCGGAAACAACUGCUUGAACAAACUGAACGUCGGAGAGAACAACAUCAACAACACGAACAACACCUGCUUCAACAACACCUGCUUCAACAACAACAGCAAUAGCAACAACAAUAAUAAUAACACCUGCAUUAUAAACCACAACAGCACGAACUACAUCACCAUCAACAACCACAACAAGAAACCGUUCUACAAGAAUAAGUCUCCAUCCAAAUUGUCGUCGGGAAAUAUUUUUAAAAAAAAAGUGAGUACCUUUAAGAAGAGCUUGAAAAAGUUUUCCAAAAACGGGAUCAGCACACAUGUGCACGCCUUAAAUAUACACGGGCUGAACGGAACGCAUGGAAUGAGUGAAAAGAAGGCUAGCUAUCGAGACCAUGAACGCAGAUCCAAUUCGAGAGAAAUUGUUUACAGGAAAAAGUAUGGAACGGAAGACAUGCACCUCUACAGGGAUGAGAUAAUGAACUUUAAUGAUCAUGGGGAGAAGAAGGCAAAGAGUUUCUUCAUGCAAGAGAAUGGUGAUGCUCAUCCGAGUAUCGAAUACAUGGACGUGGUAGACAUGAGCAAGGGGGAAACCGUUAGCACUGGUGGAAAUGUGGAUGGAAGCAGCGUCCGAAGCGCAAGUAACAGCAUUGGUGGGCUGAACAUUUCAAACGCGUGCAACUACCAGGGAAGGUCCUCCAACAGAGCAGAGGAACACACAUUCGAAGGGUGCGAUCCUUAUCUCUCCAGCGGACUGCACAACGUGAACUCCCUCUACGAAAUGUACCUGAAUGAGCGAAGCGACCGAAUGGCCAGCAUACCGGAGGAAAGCAAAGGGGAAGCAAACAAGUGCCACUAUGAAGAGGAAGAGGACAAAAAGGAAGAACAAGGGUAUCCAAAGGGUAAGGUAAACUUUCUUCCCGAGAAGGAAAACACGAUGGAUAGCAUGACCAAAAACAGCGUCAUCAAUUUUAUGCAAGACGACGUAAGCAAGGAAUCCAAAAACAGCGAAAGGGGAAAUGCCAUUCCGAGGCACAUAUUUAACAGCGUAGAAAAUUACACCUCCGACGAGAUCCUUAAUACGAAUAACACCCAAUAUGAGGAGAAUGAAAAUGAAUGUCCCGACAAGGGAAGUUACCCAAGGGAAGAAAAUUUUGUUGAAAUGAAUAACUACGAAAGAAGUAUGGAUGAUAAACUGAAGGAUUGUGCCGGUAGCCAAGUGUCCAGUAAUGCCAACUCGGGAAGUAGGAAAAGUCAGCAAAAGAGUCACCCUCAUCUGUAUGGCCUGACGGAAGAGAAAUAUGCCCUGAACCAGUUUACCCCGGAAGAUAUAAAAUACCCUGAUCUGGUAAACAACGAUCAGAAGGGCAAUGAUGCGAUUAGCUUUGCUGAAUAUGUGAAUGGCUUAUCUGUGGGAAAGCGCGCCAUGAUGAUGACGCACAGGAAAAGUGGCAAAAGCGAUGUGAAGAGUAAGGCCAGCAUAAAAGAGGACGGACACAACGCAGUCAACUACGACGAUGAGGAAGAAAUACUGGAAUAUGUCAAGAACGUGUUCAACAAAAGCAGAUCGUGCACUAGUGGAAGCCCAAGUGUUAACGGCAGUAUACGUGACAAAAAGGAUAAUUUAAGUGGAUACGCCAGGAAUAUUGCUCAAAAGGAACAAAUGGAAAACUCACUCUCUUUUAAAAAAAUGAGGCACACCGAUUCGGAUGCCCCCAAUAAGGGAAGAGGUGAAGAAGGAAAGAAGAAAAGAAAGAAACGCAUUAGCACUUCGGUCGAUGCCGGUGACCAUAUGAGGCUCAAACUGCAGGAAAGCAAAGGCAACGUGUUGUUUUCACGCAACGAGGGAGUGAUGAAUAAUCGUAAGGGAAAGUACUGUUCCAGUGACACCUCACACAGGGUGAAAGGAGCGAAGAAAGAGGGCCACUAUAAGAAGGCGCACCAUAGGACGGAUCAUCGCUCAGUGGGUCCAGCGGACAGCGCCUUUGGAAGUGCUAUUGGUAACGCUAUGGGUAGCUUUUCCGGAAUGGGUUGCCAAGACGCCGACAUGAUAAUAAACUUAAAGGACGUGCUGAGUACAGAAAAUGAAAAGUGCGAUUACUACAUUAACUUUUUUGAAAACGUUUUGAGCGCGCUGAAGGAAAAGAGGUCAUGUCAAGCGGACGAGGGAGAUUUGUUAAACGAACUGAAGCUGAAGUUAGCUUCCCCGAGAAAUGUGGAAAUUAUGAUGAAGUCCCGAAAUUCUUCGCACAAAGAUUUGCAGCAUCUAUUUAAGGAUAAGCAGGUCACCAUGUGUAAUCAUGUCAGAAUGAAUAGUACGUUCCCCCACGAGAUGGGAAAUUUUCCCAAGUACCCAAAGAAGGUCCUUUUUGAAAAGGUAACCCAGGAUAAUGACAACCCGAAGCAGGUGCUACUCAACAACAUUUUCUACAGCUACAACAGGGGUAACUUCUCUAGUGAGAAUUGCGCCCCAUUUAAGGGUACCAAUGAUUUGCGUGCGGAGGAGAUGAACCACCCAAAUGUUCAUCAUUUCCACGUUGGGAAGAACCCGAACCCUGUGAGAAAAACACAUGGAGAGAAAAAAGGCGUGACAUCCCACGUGAGCAAAAAAAGCGAGAAAAAGAAAAAGAAAAAACAAGUGUAUGAUGAGGAUAUUGCAUGGAAUGUAAACCCAAGCAGCAAAACGGGUGCACAAAAAAUGAAUCACGCGAAGAAACCCAAAUUGUCGCCACAAAAUAUGCCCAACCAAAGCAGCAACAGGAAUAGUGCAGAGUAUGUUGAACCGAAUGUGAAGUACGCAAAGUUAGACGCGCUGAACAUCCCCCUUGUGAAAAUGAAUUACAUGGAGAGAUACCUGGAGUAUAGCGAAUCCAUCAACAAGCUAGCGCUGAACAAUAUAGACGCACUCAUAAAAAAUAUGAACAUAAUAAAUUUCUAUAACGGAAAAAAUAAAAACAGCAUAAAUUUUAUUAAGGGAAAUUUCCAAGUACACCUGUUAGAAUCUUACACGAAUAUUUUCCUCUACUUUGAUAUUUUUAGCGAUUUCAGAAAUUAUAAUUUUAUUUAUAAAAAUUGUGAAUUUAUAAAUAUUCUGCUGGAUUAUGUGUGCGAUACAAAAACAGAGAGCAGAAAUUUCAGCUCAGAUAAUUCGCUCAACGAACUGGCAAAAAAUAUUAUGCUCUUUGAUGAAAUUUUUAAAUUAAAUAACAAAUUAAAUGAAUUUUUUAAGGAUAUUUUUUUGUCCAUAAAUGUGAAGCCAAAUUUGUUCAUUUUUCCGUCUCCGGAUUAUUUUGAGCGAUUUUACCUGCACUUGGGUGAGAAGAAGGAAGUUGCUGCGGAGCAGGCCAGCCAGGAGGAGAGAACCUUGGAGGAAGAACGAGACAAUGAAGAGGCUCACCAUGAUAUGCACACCGAGGAAAGCCACACGCAGGGAAACACCAACAGUAGUUACCCUUGGGAGGACUCAGCAGCGAACGGCCUACCACAGGAAGAUGCUACCGAAGAAGUUACAGAAGUAGUAACCGAAGAGGUCACCGAAGAGGUCAGUCAUGAAGUGAGCAAUGAAGUGAGGAACGACACUGACAUGUACCCCGAAGGAGCCAGUACCCCUCUGCUGGAAGAAAGCAACGCACAGCGGGGAAUACAUAUCAGGCAAAUGGAGGAAAAAGAACUAUUUUCCCGCUUAUUGCGUUUGUCCAGAGGGACUGAUGGAUCAAUAAUCCAGUGGGAAAAUAAAAAUGACAAUGAAGUAGAAGGCGAUCCCCAUGAGGAUGAUAAGGAACACGCACCAAGUGGUGAAACGUAUGGAAGCCAUAUCGGAAGGAAGGCUAGAACAGAUGCUACAGUGCAGAAUGAUGACCCAUUAGUUGAAAAAGAACCAAAUGAUAUAUCAGAUGUGCUGCUUCCCCAUGUUGUUACAACAGACAAUGGAUCCAACCUAUUUGCUGAUGACACCAAUACUGGUGAGUUUAAUUCGCCAAGCAGCAUACAAAGAAUGAAUAAUUGUAUGUACUUCGAUUCGAACAGUCAGUUGGAAUACAUCCCCAUGAGCUCUAUCGACCAAGUGGAUGGUUCCUCCGUGCAGCAAAAUAAUCUCAGUCGGGAUGACACUUCGAAAAAGGUUACAGAAGAUCCGGUUAACAAGGACACACUUUUAGAAUCCAUUUGCGAUACGCAAAAUGGAAACCAUAUCCGGAUGAACAAAUCUAGUGGAGUACGUGCACUACGUGGUAGUAAAGGAGAAAAGGAAUCCUCGCAAAGUGAUGCCCCCAAUGAGCAGACCGAUGGUGAUAUUAUUUCUAAUAAGGAUGAGGGGGAUGAAGAAAAGGAUAGUAUUGUUGUCCCCACGGAGGUAGGCGAAAAUGAUCCAAUUGGUGAGACCGUCGAAAAAUCAGGGAACAAACAAUUGAAUAAGCGAAACUGUAGCAACAGCAGUACUGCCACAGCGAUCAGCGCCACUGUGAGCGUCAAAUGUAGUGCGAAAAAUGUGCGCAAAGGUAACACGGACGCUAACCCCUGCCGUAGGAAUGGAACAAACAAAGGCGAUUAUAAGGUUAGGAAUAAUAAGAACGCUGGGCGAAGGGUCUUUAAGGGGAAUGCACCCCCCAGCUUGGGUAAUAAGAGCCUCUGGAAUGACGACUCGAACAGCCCCCAGGGAAGCGGCAGCGAUAAUGAUAAGCAGGAUGAAAACGGUGACAUCAACAAGGACAACGCCAACGACAGCGGCAACAACGAGGACCUGUUCAAACAGGAUGACAAUAUCCUGGAUGAAGAUGACAGUCAGAGCGACAUCCCCCUGAUUUCUCUUCUCAAGGCGUGA